AUGGCUCAAGGAUUGCUUCACCCUUCUCCCAACAGUAGUAGUCUAGAUAUGGAGGACGUAGGAAACAAAUAUUUCAAUAUUCUAUUAGCGAACUCAUUUUUUCAAGAUGUUAGAAAAGAUGGCAAUAAUGUGAUUACCCAUUGCAAAAUGCACGAUCUUGUGCAUGAUCUUGCUGAGCUGGUAUCAAAAUCAAGGAGCAAGGACUCCAAUGAGGAUCGACAUAUGCCGCAGAUUUCAACCUCAACACUACACGGAAUUCCGAAAGGAAAUAUUCAUAAACUACGCUCAAUGUUUUUGAAAGGCGAAGUUUCUGGUAACAUUUUACCAAGAUUUAAAGGUUUACGUGUCUUGCAAUUUCAGGGGGUGUGUAUUGAUGAGUUGCCAAUUUCAAUUGGGAAGUUGAAACACUUAAGGUAUCUAGAUAUUUCAGCAACAACGAUCAACAAGCUCCCCCAAUCUAUUGGCAAGCUUUAUAACCUACAAACAUUAAGAAUGCACGAUCUCUAUCCAGAAGAGUUUCCAAAAGAACUGCAAAAUUUGAUCAACUUGAGACAUAUUUAUUUUGAUAAGGGGUAUGAAAUGAAAUAUCCAGUUGGCAUGGGGCGGUUGAAUAAUCUGCAAUCAUUAUCUUUUUUCAUUGUGGGUAAGGAGAGAGGUCGUGGAAUAGAGGAGUUGGGUGGCUUAAAGCAUUUGAAAGGUGAAUUAUCUAUUUAUGAUCUGGAGCAUGUGAGAGAUGGAGAAGAAGCAAACAAGGCAAAGUUAGCACAGAAGACAAACAUACGCAGACUAAGGUUUGAAUGGCGGUGGGACAAGUCAAGUGCCAUAAACAAUGACAUGGAUGUACUAGAAGGCCUUGAACCACACUCUGGAUUGGAAAUUUUGGAGAUUUGCAAGUUUAGCGGUGAUACAUUUCCACCAUGGAUGAUGUGUAGAGAUUUGUUUUCUUCAUUGAAAAUAUUAAGGAUUGAUUAUGCAAAGAACCUAAUUGAAUGGACGGAAGCUGCAGUAUUGCCAACAGAGACAAUGGUUGUGUUUCCUCGCCUUGAGGAGUUGUUGUUGAGGAAUUGUGAUCAAUUGAAAAGUGCUCCCACUCAUUUUCCAUGUCUCAAAAAGUUGGAGAUAGAUUCCAUGAAUAGCGGCAUGCCGAUAGCUAAUAUAAACACUCAGCUGACCACUCUUACUCAUCUCACAAUAAAGAAGAUAAGGGGACUUGCUUCUCUGCCGGAAGGUAUGUUAAAAAACAACAAAAGUCUUUCAUAUUUGGAGAUAGAGAAUUGUCCAGAAUUUACAUGUAUUGCUGCCGAUGUAUUUGGUUGUUGCCCAUCUCUCGAGUCUCUGCAUAUUUCUUCCUGUCCCAAUCUUAGGACUUUGCCUGAUGGGCUCCACACUCUACUCUCUCUUAAGGAGUUGAUUAUAAUGGGUUGUGAAAGUCUGGAGUGCAUCCCAGUUACACACGGUCUCGCAUCUCUCUGUGAAUUUACUAUUUUUCACUGUCAUGAGUUAUCUGUUCUACCUGAGGGGCUAGAAUGUUGCACCUCUCUUCAAAUGUUGACAAUAAGCUUUUGCUCCAAAAUAACAUCCAUUCCAAUUACACACGGCCUCCCAUCCCUCCGCCAAUUACAGAUUUCAAAUUGUGAUAAAUUAUCAAGCCUACCGAGGGGGUUACAACAUUGUACCUCUCUUCAACACUUGUCAAUUAACUCUUGCCAGAAUCUCGAAGCUAUUCCAAGUUUAGACAGCCUCACACAACUCCUUGAGUUGAGGAUAUAUAACUGUGAUGGAUUAAAAAGUGUACCCCUCAGUGCGUUUGCAGCAUCCCUCACCCGCUUAAAGGAAUUGGAAAUUGGUGGGUUCUGGGAGGAGCUCGAUUCAUUUCCUGCUUUUCAGGUUAUUCCACAACUUGAAACAUUAACCUUGUGGGGUUGGCCGAAGCUCAAGUCUCUCCCUGAACAAGUUCAACACUUGACUUCUCUUACAUGUUUACAAAUAAGGUCCUUUGACGGCAUGGAGGCUCUUCCAGAGUGGUUGGGAAAUCUUGCAUCUCUUGACUUCCUAUUUAUAUCCAUGUGCGAGAAUCUAAAGUAUCUACCUACGCUUGAAGCUAUGCAACGUCUCACCAAAUUAAAGCACAUAUUGCUUGGCUGUUGUUUUCUUCUAACUGAAAGAUGCCUAAGAGACAGCGGCCCCGAAUGGCCCAAGAUUUCACAUAUUAGCCUCCGAGGUGAAGCCCUGCCUAACUUACUUUUCAUUUUAGCUUGA